AUGCCUCCAAACUCGAGAAUCGCCUGGUCAGCACCUACCCUACCACCGCUGGCCUCGUCCACGUCGCGACCCUCACCCAACUCGACACCACCCCGUCGAUCCUCACGCACACCACGGCCAUGCUCCAACCGCGUCCUCAUAUCAGAUGACGAUACAACGCGCGUAUACGAUCUUCGCGACGAAAAGUGGAACGCCGUGAUAAGCAAUGGCUCGGGCGGCAUGGGCAAGAACGUGCAUGCCGAGUUUGGCGCAAACGAGGAUGAAGUCAUCGUCUGGAGCGACUUCACCGCAUGUGCCAAGAUAUGGUGUCUCAAGACUGGCAGGGCUGUAGAAAUACGCGACCCGAAAUUUGUAGGCAAAGACGGAAAGGGGUGGGGUUAUCGGCCAGGCGAAGAUACAGACUCAAGGGGUGGAAGACGGAGAGGCGGCGUUCUGGCACUGCUAUGUCGCGCAGCAGGCGCUGAUAUUCUAUUGCUCCUGGCUCCAGGCACAUACAAGGUCAUCAAUCGUGUCGAACUUACGACAAGCGAUGCGGCAGGGCUGAGAUGGAGUCGCGAUGGACGCUGGCUGGCCGUCUGGGACGCAGCUUCUGCUGGCUACAAACUCCACAUCUACACUGCUGACGGACAUUUGUAUCGCGCUAUGACCCGCGAACCCUCAGACGACGUCAGCGAGUGGGAUGUGGAAUGCUUGGGCAUCAAGACGCUCGAAUGGGUGCCUGGGAACGAAUGUCUAGCUGUCGGUGGCUGGGACCGUCGAGUCCGUAUCCUCUCUACACGAACAUUCGCUCCGGUUGUUUUCCUGGACCACACACCCGCCAUCGAUGUGCCCAGCGCGCCUGUAUACAGCGAACAUGUCGACAGCCAGGGCAACCGCAGCUUCACAACCUCGCAGCAGCCUGUCACACCUCCAAAAGCAGCCUUGGAGAAGAACGAAACCGGACUCAUGAAGCAGGGUAUCGGCAUGUUGACCUUUAACGCAGAUGGCACGUUAUGUGCCACACGCGACGAUAGCACACCAUGUACAGUCUGGAUCUGGGACCUAACCGUGCUCCGACCUCGGUGCAUAAUAAUUCAAUACAGUCCAGUUAAGAACCUGCUCUGGCACCCCACCGAUCCAAACCGCCUGCUCAUCCAGACGACCCAAGACGAACCCACCGUAUACCUCUACACAGCCGCUACCUCUCAUUCACCGUCAUCCUCCACUUCUCAUUCCACAUCCGCCCACCAAUCCUCUUUCCAGCACCCUCCAGCUAUUCUCACAUUGUCCUCGCAAAUCGGCAAACCAGCGGGCUCAGCACCACCCCGUUGGUCAACAACCUGGCUCUUCACCUCGCCAGACAAGAAACCCGCACUCGUAUUCGGACAUCAGCAAGCACAUGUACUGGUGUGGCCGGAAGGCAAAGAUAAGAUCCUACGCUUUGAGCGUGAUGAUGAGGAUGAGCAGGAGGAGUCGGACGACAGUUUGUUCGAUAUACUUACUGGACGGACGCCGAUACCCGAGUUGAACGGGGAUAGUAGGGAGGAAGAAAGGAUGGAGGAAGAUGAGUUUGGGGAUAGUGUAGGUACGGUGCAGGGGUUGGAUGAUACGUUUAGAGGGAAAGGGGGGAGGGAAGAUACACAUGACGAUCGAGAAGGCGAAGAGAGGGGGCAGAGUCUAUACGAAGAGGGUGUCUUGGGCGAGAGUGGUAUGAGCGAGAUGUUCUAA